AGGCCAGCAGCAGGGCUGCCCCAGCUCUGUGCACAGACGCCUCGGCAGGCUGCAGCGCUCCGCACUCGCUCCGCCAGCCCGGCUCCUUCCCCCCGGCUCCGCCGCUGGAUCGCCGCUCUCCGGCCGCCCCGCAGGACCCAGGCAGCUGCCAGCAUGUCCGAGAUCCUCCCCUACAGCGAGGAGAAGGUGGCCCGCUACGGCACCGACUCCGAAGUCAGCGAGAUCUCCUUCAGCUGCCGGCUCCAGGACACCAACUCCUUCUUCGGGGGCAACCAGGCCAAGCGGCCCCCCAAGCUGGGGCAGAUCGGCAGGGCCAAGAGAGGUGAGCGCGCCCUGCCCUCCCCGCUGGCAAGAGUGGCUCUGGGACCCCCCCCCUCCACCCGGAUCCGCAGUGGGGAAGGGUCGCCCCAGGCUCGGGGAAGGGGAACGGAGCCGCCCCCCCUCCAUGGCAAACCCUGGGGCUCAGCUGCCGCCUGCCCCACCCCGACUCAGAGGGACCUUGCCCCAGUGCCCCCACUCCUAGGCGCCGGGCUGGCUCGCUGCGCUGCUCCCCUCCCCAGACAGGGCUCCCCAUUGUCCGCGCCACCCUCCCAGUGUCGCUGCUGGGGCUCCCCACACCGCCCCCCAGCCGCAUCCUGUGCCCGCGUCUCCCGCUCCUGCCGCCGGCUGCGGUCUCCCUGAACCGCCUUAGCUCGCUCUGCGCCGGGGCAGGCAAGGGGCUCGCUCCGGAAGCCAUUUUCCUGGGGCGGAUUUCUCCAGCAGAUGUUGGCUUGUGGGUGGGUGGGGGCGUAGGGGGAGACACAUACUGCGAGCCCAAGCCCCACGAGAGGCCAUCUCUGCCAGCCCAGCCUUGCGUAGGGGCUCCGGCUCCCGUGUCCUGACUGUGUGCUUGUGUCCCCCCC